UUGCAUUGAACACGAAUGCCAACAGAGAUAUGUUACGUUAUGACUGCUGCUUCACAGAGAGACUUGAACUUUAGAUAUCACUGUUAUUGCAAGUCACUUGAUGUACAUUUAUGUCCGCGUAAAGACAAUGCUACUCGAAACUUUGGACAAGUCCGGCCAAGCUGUUCUGUCGUCAUGGAAACGAAUGUAAUCACACACCCGGAAGUAUCCUCGGCUCAGGCGAGCGUUUUCCGCUGACCUGUGCUUGACUUGUUUUUUUUUUUUUUUUUGUAAGUCACCCUGCGCCUACACGGGUACUGUCACGAGCUAUCCAUCCACGGUACAUCUGGACACUGGUCCGCUGAUGCGAUUAUCACCGAGAUGACGAGCCGAGCACGUUGAACGUCGGCGCGCCUGAUCGCCAAUGGAAAGGGAGGGGGCGGUGCCAGGUGACGUGACGUCGGACACUGACAGCGCCUCUUGCUUGAUCCAGUCAACGCCGCUCGUUUAGGCAGCUUGUCUGGGGGCGAUUAUAUCCUCAAAGCGUCGCCAUGGCUGCUGGUCGAACCACGCAAGACUAUUAAAAAAAAUAAAAAUAUAUCAGCCAUGGAUUGGACUUUCAUUUUAUUCGCCGUCAUCUUCACACUGCUCGCCCUGGUGGUCGCGACGUCGCUUUUAAACGGUUCCUCCCGGUCGUCUUCAGCCAGGAGUUACCCAAAUGGACCCAUCGCGGACGCCGUCAGAGGGGGCGAGACUGAGGCAAAGCAGAACGGCCAUUUAUCGGAUAAUUCUAACAAGGGGACGGCGGAGGAGGUGGCUGUGGGGGACGACUGGUGCGAGAUGAGCGGCAGCUCCCACGACCACUGGGACGUGGUCAAAUCUGUCCUAUCAGAGGAGGCUGAAACCCGUCCCGCCAGCGAGGAGCCGGAGGCCGCGGCGGUCGCGGUGACGGCCCCAGCCGAGCUCUCCUCCUCCUCGUCGGCAGCGUCCAGCCUGUCCGUGCCGCGGCCGGACUCCAGGCAUGCCAGUUUUGACUCGUCAUCCGAGACUGAUGGAGACGCAGAGAGCCCGGACGUCAACGAUAAAUCGGAGUUCCACACCAACAAUUCCUUGAAGUACGUCCCCGGAAAGUCACGCUCCCAUCACCUGGAGAUGAUGAUGUCCAAAGACGAACUAGAAGAGGAGCAGAGGGUGCAGCGGGAGCAGCUGGCUGCCAUCUUCCAACUGCUCAAGGACAACACGGAGACGUUCGGCGAAGUCUCCGAGGGCGACAUGGAGGAGCAGCUGCGUCUCUACUCCAUCUGAGGAGGGAGACAGACAAUGACGACGUCACAUGCGCUGCCUUAACCUGCCGACCAAACUCACCAGCACACUUGUGACAGUAUUCCAGCAGCCGCUAUUUUGUUGUGACCCCCCAAAAAAACCGAGUGGUCCGUCCGUCUUGCUUUUUCGGUUAUUCCCAGGCUGGACUUAACGCAGCACAAAGACACCAAGUGAGCAACUUCCAAUAUAAACGCGACACCCCCGUGUAACAUUCCGCUGUUGUGUAAUAAAUAAAAAAUUGAACACGCA